CAUCUACCAACUCCUCCACCAUCACCAACACAACCACCUCCUCUUCUACCUCCUCUUCCACCACCACAACAUCCACCUCCUGUUCUCCCUCCUCCUGCAACACCAACACCUCCACCUCCACUUCUCCUCCCUCCUCUACCACUGUGUGCACCUCUUAUCCUUCCUCAUCCUCCACUGUCUCUUCGUCCACCUCCUCCCUCACCUCCUCUCCUCCCUCCACCACUUCCCCUCCCUCUACAUCCUCUUCUAUCUACAUGUCUUCCUCUUCAACCUCCACCACCUCCCCACCCUCCACCUUCUCUCCCUAUUCUUCUUCCAAAUCUUCCUCCUCCUCCACCAACACAUCCUCAUCUCCCAUCACAACCUCCAACUCCUUAUCUACCACCUCCUCGUCCACCACCUCUUCUCCCUCCCCCACCAUCACCACCACCACAACUUCUCCUCUGUCCUCCUUUACCAUAUCUCCUACCUCCAUCUCCUCCACCACCACCACCGCCACUUCACCCACCUCCAUCACCACCUCCUCCACCUCCUCCACCUCCUCCACCUCCUCCACUCUUCCUGAGCUGGUGCUGGUGUCCACUCCUCUGAACUGGUCUGAGGCUCGCUCCUACUGUCGGCAGCACCAUACUGACCUCGCCUCCUUCACUGGGCCUGAUGACCAGCUCCGGAUACCCGUAACACCGGAUCACAACAUCACCGUGGCCUGGAUCGGACUACGUGGUGUUUGGACCUGGUCUGACGGCUCUAGACUGGGGCAGUUCAAGAAAUGGUCCCAGGAUGAACCCAGUGCUGAUGGAGAGUGUGUGUACAUGCAUCCUGAUGGGCAGUGGCACAAUCAGGACUGUGGGACGAAGCUUCGGUUCAUUUGCUACGGCAAAAUUCAUGACCAGAACAAGAACCAUGCUGUAUCAGUGGUGGGAGGUGAGACCAGCUAUGGGGGUGACUGGGCCUACUUCUAUGAGACUCAAAAGAUGACGUUUGAAGCGGCUCAGAAGUACUGCAGAAAGUAUCACACAGACCUGGCCACAAUCAGGAGCCAGCAGGAACACGACGCAAUCCAGCAGAAGAUCAUGGACACCAUGAGCACCACCACCAGCAUCGGUAGGUGGAUUGGACUGCACAGGACGUGGGCGUGGUCAGACCAGAGUAGCUCCACCCACAGAGCCUGGGGGAGUGGCCAGCCCAGACGUAACCACUGCACCACCACCCAGCUGCAGCAGCCCAGGGAGUGGAAGACCCGGCCAUGCAAAGACACACUGCCCUUCAUCUGCUACCAUGAUGGCCUGGUCCUGGUGAGGGAGCAUGUCAGCUGGCAUGAUGCGCUGGCGGGCUGUAGGUCCCGGGGUCUGCAGCUGGUGUCCAUCCUCAGUGCGGAGCUGGCUGCGCGGGUACGAGUGCUGGCGCGCUCGGCCUCCACCCCCCACGUGUGGCUGGGGCUGCGUUACGCCUGCGGCCUGCACGUCUGGUUCUGGGUGAGCGGGUGGAGCGUCUGCUACCAGGACUGGGCCCCUGGGAACCGGACCGGGGAAGUGCCACAGGGCUGGGGGACCGGCGCCCUGUCCAGAACCGGGCCCCAGCACUGGGUCAGCCUGCACCAACACACACCCCUCAACUUCAUCUGCAGCAAGUAGACAGGACUCUCCUGACGCCGCUGCUUCAUUCAGAUGAAGUUCAUCAAGUGCAGAUGUUCUCAAACAGAGAACAUGUGAUGCAGCUGUUCCACCAUCUUCUCUUCACAUUACACAUUUACUAUUUAACUAAUAGAAUAACAACCAGGGUAUGCACAUAUAUUACACAUUUACUAUUUAACUAAUAGAAUAACAACCAUAUUAUUUAACAACUAUAAUAACAGCCUGAGUGGACACAUAUAUUACACAUUUACUAUUUAACAAAUAGAAUAACAGAGUGGACACAUAUAUUACACAUUUACUAUUUAACAAAUAGAAUAACAGAGUGUACACAUAUAUUACACAUUUACUAUUUAACUAAUAGAAUAACAACCAGAGUGUGCACAUACAUUACAAAUGUACCAUUUAGAUAGAAUAGAAUAGAAUAGAAUAGAAUAGAAUAGAAUAACAGCUUAAGUGAUACUACACAUUACACAUUCACCUCUAGGCCUAAUUGCGUAAUUGUCCUUAAAGACACACUUUAGGGUUGCUGGCAGCAGAUUUGAAAGCUUGUCUCUUGGUUUUGUUAUUUAUUUAUUUAUUUAUGUCUUCAGCAUCACUACAUUCACACCAUGCAUCUAUACAUUAAAUAAAGACAUCCAUACAUUUGCCUAAGUUUGUUUGCAUCUCCAUAGCACAGCUUGAACUUGCUCAGCGAGUCACUCUCGUAAUCAGUAAUGAUACCCAUGAUAGAUACUGUACUGUAUAGAUAGAUAGAUAGAUACUUUAUUGAUCCCCAAGGGGAAAUUCAAGAAUAUCAGCAUUCCCUGACCUGGAAUCGAACACGGCAGUGAGAGUGCCGAAUCGAAUCCUAACCUCUAGCCCACCAGGACCUCACUGUCCACCUCACCUCCAUGUCGUUGGAGCCGCGCGGGAUCGUGGACGGCCAGAGGUGAGCUAAUCUAAUGACCGCAACGCUGAAACAUUGAAGUCCAGAAUCAGCCAGUAAACACCGGCAUCCCAUUAUGAGCAGAGAUAUUUUAAAUGCCUGCUUGGUGCC